AUGGGGGACGAGCAUUCAGAGAGGAUGGAUAAGAUUGAGAAGAAGCAAGAAGAAAUCAUGGGUCAGUUAUCAAAAAUUUUGGAGUUAAUAUCUACAGAUAAAGGAAAGAAAGCGGCAGGGAGUUCUGGUACACCAGAAGACGUUCAACAGACAGAAACCAAUACAGACCCCGUGUAUCCACCAGGAUUUACACCUCCACCUGCAAGGAAUGCUUCUAUUCCCAUGCCAUCCGUGGGUCAAUAUCCAUUUUUUGGGAUGCCAAUAGGACCACCACCGACUUAUGCUCAACAAAGGCCAAUUGGAGGGGCAAGUCCUUCAGAUCCCAUCUCUGUACCUGAUUUGGAUGAUCCAAAGGAACAAGAGAAGCUCAAAUGUGGAUCCGUUGAAUCGAAAGAUAAUCCCGAUACUCAUCAAAAAUUUGACCUUUUUGAGGAAAGACUGCGCAUGGUAGAAGGAAUGGGAAUGUAUUGUUCUAUGGAUGCAAUUGAGCUUUGUCUGGUUCCAGAUGUGGUUAUACCCCCAAAGUUCAAAGUUCCAGACUUUGAGAAGUAUGAUGGAACCAAGUGCCCGGUCACACAUAUCACCAUGUAUUGUAGAAGGAUGGCCGCAUAUGCUCAUGAUGACAAACUCUUGAUACAUUGCUUCCAAGAUAGCCUUACUGGUGCUGCAGCAAAAUGGUACGUCCAACUGGACCGCAAUCGAAUCCACACGUGGAAAGACCUUGCUCGGGCGUUUGUAGCUCAAUAUAAGCAUGUUACAGAUAUGGAUCCGGAUCGCCUUUCUUUACAAAACAUGGAGAAGAAAACCACUGAAAGCUUCAAAGAAUACGCUCAAAGAUGGAGGAAUGUGGCCUCUCAAGUUCAGCCACCAUUGACUGAGAAAGAAACCACUGUAAUGUUUGUUAACACCUUGCGAGCCCUUUACUACGAACGAUUGGUUGGUAGUGCCACAAAGAACUUUGUUGAUAUGGUGAUUUCGGGAGAAAUGAUAGAAACUGCCAUUAAGCAAGGGAAGAUAGAAGGAGGUGAUAUGACAAACACAAGGAAAGGGGGAACUUUCAAGAGGAAAGAGGGAGAAGCCCAAGCCAUCACUUCAGGACAACACCAAGGAGGAACAUACAACCCUUACCAGCCAUACCUACCAUACCCCUAUUACCCAGUUGUGAACAAAACUUCACAAAGCCCAUACCUAUACCCGCCUAUGCCAAAUGCCUUCACUAACCCGUACCCAUAUAAUCCCAUCCAACGGACAUCUUACCCCACAAAUAUUCACCCACCUACUUCCACACCUGUUACAGCUUCAACCACACAACAAACAACAUCUUCAAACAACCAUACUACCUUUGAAUCAAGAGGAUGGCGAAACAAGCAAGAGAAAGUGCAGUUUGACCCAAUCCCAAUCCCAUAUGCUGAACUCUUCACUCAGUUAGUUGCAAACCAUUUAGUAGCACCCUUUUACAUAUAG